AUGUUCACUCAUAUUCCGUCACGAAAGAAUACAUUAGGUGAUAAAAUUGAAACAGAUUUAGAUAAUAAUAAUAAUAAAACUUCUGGAGUGGAUCAGGAUAACCAACCAUUUUCUCAAUACUUUCUCUCUCUCUCUGUGUGGAUAAUUGAAGGAGAAAUACCAGUUCCAAAUCAUCUAGCGAUUAAAUGCUUCUUCUUCUUCCAAACUACUUAA